AGGAGGUUCAUAACUACUCCAUUCUCACAUUCCUCCCAGUGUUUUAUUCAUUUGCUUUCUUUAAAAUUCUGUCGCUGUUAUUGGAUCGGUUGAAGAUUAAGAUCAGAAGAACAUGGUUGAGACACGAAGAAGCACCUCUUCCUCCAAACGCCCCCUGUCAUCUCGGUCCUCACCUCUGCCCCAUGGAAAACGAUCCAAGGCCGGGGAGGCGUCUUCAUCAACUAAUGACACGAUUGGGGAGAAAUCGCCUCUCGUUGCGAAUGAAUCAGGUCCUGAAUCGGAUGGGAGAGAGGUUAGACCGGCGGAAGCUAAUCUUCCGAAAUCAGCUGAAGCUGCCGAGCCUGAGAAAUUGCCGGAGGCUCCAACACGAGGUGGUUCUGAGAUUGAUGCGGAGAAGGUGAAGUCAACCGUGUCUACAUUAGUUCGGGGAAGGAAUCGGCAACUACCCCCUAAUGGAGGAGCCGCAUGGGGGAAGCUUCUUUCUCAGUCCUCUCAAACUCCUCAUGUUGUCAUGCACCAACUCUCUUUUACUAUUGGUGGAGGCCAGCAUUGUGACUUGUGGGUGGAAGAUGCAUCAAUUAGUAAAUCUUUAUGCAACCUAAAGCACUAUGUGACAAAGAGAGGUACUUCAUACACUUUACUUGUGGUAAAUGGGAAAAGGGGUUCUGUGCAAGUAAAUGGAAAGAUAUGUCAGAAGAACUCUACUAUGCCAUUAAAUGGAGGCGACGAAGUUAUUUUUGGCUCAUUGGGCAAGCAUGCUUAUAUUUUCCAAGAACUUGGGAAAGAAAACGCAUCAGCUGCAACCAUACCACAUACAGUGAGCAUAUUAGAAGCCAACAGUGGGCCGUUCAAAGGAGUUCGUUUUGAGGAAAGAGCAGGGGAACAUUCUACUGUAGCGGUUGCAUCUACCUUAGCUUCAUUAGCAACUCUUAAGAAGGAGUUAUCGCUUCUUCCCCCAUCACUCCAUACUAAGAACAUAGAUUUAAAAGAAACAGCAGAAUUGCCAAUACUACCAGCAUCUGGUGGUGCAGUGUUUGAUAAAGAUGACACAGUUGCCAGUAUGAAGGAUGCUUCUGAUCAUAAUGAUGUAUCUCUUGUUGAGAAGGCUGAUACUGUGACUCCUGAUUCUAGCAAUGACAACUUGAAUCUCGAGAAUGAUGCGCUAGAUUGCAUUGAUGCUGAAAUUGUAAAGGCGCCUGGGGCGCCUGGAGAUUUGAGCCCACUGUUACGAAUAUUUCCCGAGUUUGCAUUAAGAGACAGCAUAUCUAGAAUCCCUUAUGGACAAAGAGGAACAAAAGAAACUAAGGAUAUUGAUCCUUCAGUUUUGAUGUCAGCUAGGCGUAAUGAAUUUAAACACGGGCUUCAGCAAGCAGUGCUUAGUUCUGAGAAUAUUGAGAUCUCGUUCGAAAAUUUCCCAUAUUAUCUGAGUGAAACAACGAAGAGUGUACUGAUUGCUUCAACUUACAUAAAUUUGAAGUGCAACAGACAUGCAAAGUAUGCCUCUGAUCUCCCCACAUUGUGCCCAAAGAUUUUGUUAUCAGGCCCUGCAGGCUCUGAAAUAUAUCAAGAGGCAUUGACCAAGGCACUUGCUAAGUAUUUUGAUGCAAGACUUCUAAUAGUGGAUUCUCUUCUAUUACCUGGUGGGUCACUAGCAAAAGAAGCUGUUGCUAGCAAAGAAAAAUCAAAACUUGAUUGGGCUCGUUAUGUUAUUAAACGAGCUGCGCAGGCAGCUGCACUACACCUAAAUAAGAAGCCAACUUCAAGUAUUGAGGCUGAUAUAGCAGGUGGGUCGACCGUAAGCUCUUAUGCUCAGCCUAAGCAGGAAGUGUCUACCGCCUCAUCAAAGAACUACACAUUCAAGCAAGGUGAUAGAGUGAAGUAUGUUGGCUCUUUACCAACAGGGUUCAGCCCCGUGCAAUCUCCUAUAAGGGGUCCAAUGUAUGGUUACAAAGGCAAAGUGGUUCUUGCAUUUGAGGAUAAUGGUUCAUCAAAGAUAGGAGUUAGAUUUGAUCGGUCAAUUCCAGAAGGGAACGAUCUCGGUGGUCUUUGUGAGGAGGAUCAUGGCUUCUUUUGUGCUGCGGAUUUGCUUCGCCUUGAUAGUUUUGCUGUGGAUGACAUUGAUAAACUUGUUAUUAAUGAGCUUUUUGAGGUUGUCUCCAAUGAAAGUAAAAAUGGUCCACUGGUCGUGUUUAUCAAAGACAUAGAGAAGUGGGUGGUAGGAAAUUCUGAGACAUGUACAUCCCUGAAGGUUAAACUUGAUAGCUUUCCUGAGAAUGUCGUUGUGAUAGCAUCCCAUACUCAGCCAGACAACCAAAAAGAGAAGUCUCAUCCUGGUGGACUGUUGUUUACGAAGCUGGGAAGCAACCAAACAGCAUUACUUGAUCUUGCCUUGCCGGACUUUGGGAGAUUGCAUGAAAAAAACAAAGAGCCAUCAAAGACUGUGAAGCAGCUCACACGUCUAUUUCCGAACAAAGUGACCAUUCAGAUCCCUCAGGAUGAGAAUCUACUCCUGGACUGGAAGCAACAGUUGGAUCGGGAUGUUGAGACUCUGAAGUCGCAAAUUAAUCGUGCUAACAUUUGCAAUGUUUUCAACCGAAUUGGGCUUGAGUGUUCUGACCUUGAAACAUUACAUAUUAAAGAUCAAUCACUAACAACUGAAGAUGUGGAAAAAAUUAUUGGCUGGGCAUUGAGUCAUCACUUUAUGCAAUCUUCUGAACCUUCUGCCAGUAACACCAAACCGGUGAUCUCUAGUGACAGCUUAAGAUAUGGGCUAGGCAUCUUGCAGGGAGUUCAAGAUGACUCUAAGAGUUCAAGAAGCUCUCUUAAGGAUGUGGUCACUGAAAACGACUUCGAGAAACGUCUACUUGCAGAUGUUAUUCCAUCCAGUGAUAUUGGAGUUACUUUUGAUGACAUCGGGGCCCUAGAAAAUGUGAAGGAUACUCUGAAAGAGUUGGUGAUGUUACCUCUACAAAGACCAGAACUGUUUUGUAAAGGACAACUUACCAAGCCUUGCAAGGGGAUAUUACUUUUUGGCCCCCCAGGUACCGGUAAAACAAUGCUUGCAAAAGCAGUUGCAACUGAGGCUGGUGCGAACUUUAUUAACAUAUCAAUGUCAAGUAUUACCUCAAAGUGGUUUGGUGAGGGCGAGAAAUACGUCAAAGCAGUUUUCACUUUAGCUAGUAAAAUAGCUCCCAGUGUUGUUUUUGUGGAUGAGGUAGACAGCAUGUUAGGGAGGCGAGAAAAUCCUGGAGAGCAUGAAGCAAUGCGCAAAAUGAAGAAUGAGUUCAUGAUGAAUUGGGAUGGUUUGCGUACAAAGGAUACGGAACGUGUCAUUGUACUAGCUGCAACAAACAGACCCUUUGACCUUGAUGAGGCAGUUAUUAGGAGGCUUCCUCGAAGGCUGAUGGUCAACUUGCCAGAUGCUCCAAAUAGGGAAAAGAUUUUAAGAGUGAUAUUGGCCAAAGAAGAGUUGAAACCUGAUUUCGACUUCGAAGCAAUUGCCAAAAUGACCGAAGGAUACUCGGGGAGUGAUUUAAAGAAUUUGUGUGUUACUGCAGCGCACUGCCCUAUAAGGGAAAUUCUCAAGAAAGAAAAGGAGGAGAAGGCCAUGGCUAUGGCAGAGAACAAACCAUUACCUACAUUGCACAACAGUUCUCAUAUUCGUGGCCUUAGCUUGGAUGAUUUCAAAUUUGCGCAUCAACAGGUUUGCGCGAGCGUGUCAUCGGAGUCUACAAAUAUGAAUGAGCUGGUCCAGUGGAAUGAACUGUAUGGAGAAGGUGGGUCGAGGAAGACAAAGUCUCUAAGCUACUUCAUGUAGAUGGAUUUGGAGGAGGAUAACACAAAUGUAUAGCCUUUUGUUGUAGAUUCAAUUUUUGAUUUAUAGGUAGUCAGAUUGAAGAUCUGUUCAAGGGGGAGUGAGCCUUAGCAUGGAUAUUCCAUCUCAGGUCCCUUUAUGUUCAGAAUUUCAUACUUCAGCCACUCGUGUACCAUAUUUUAAUUUAUUUUAAAUAAACUAUAUGUUUGUUUUGACUUUUUAUAUUAAAUAUACUGUGAACAAUGUAUACCAAUUUAACAAGCCCAUCCAUCCGGGCAUUUUGAGUCACCAUGUGAUAUCAAAUUAAAGGAAAAAAAAAACUGAAUUGAAAUAAACAAAUCCGCACAAGUGCUUAGUAAUUGGUUCAUAAUAAUGCACUUAAAAAAUUGUUCAAAUACAAUAGAAUGUGU